CUCCUCUACUCCCCAUGUGGCUUUUCCCCACAAGGGCCUGCUCAAGGUCUGGGGAAGAGGACGGUCUUGGUUUUCACGAAGGCCCACUGCUCCCAUCCUGCCAUGGGCCGAGUGUUCUAUCCAUUUCCCACCCAAGUUCAGCAGGCUUUCAAAAGAGAGAUCCAUUGAUGUUCCAGGGAAUGGCAAGAGGCAGUCCUGGCAGAGUAAAUCCGAGAAGACUUUCUGGAGGAGGUGCUUUAAAUUCCAGGUAGAAGGGAGGUGAGAGUGAGAGAAAACUUGUUUUAAAGAUGUGCUAGAGCCGGGUGGAGGUUAGACCCUCCCAUUUAGUCCACAAAUAAUGCAACGGAGGUGGGAUACUUUCCAGUCUACAAACUAAGCCUCCCAAAGUUAAAUCCUCCCCACUUGUCAAGUGUCUAAACCCAGCCUUGAGCCUGGUGAGAUUCUGAAGGGAAGCAGAGGUGAUGAGAAACAGAGCAGAAGUCAGGGACAGAGGGGGGCGGGCUGGCCACGGAGGGCCUAAUGUGUGCUGUGACUCAUCCUCCUUUGGCCCCUUGGGACCUGACCCAGGUCAGGCUGACACCCAACUCUGGCCACUUUCCCAAGAGAGCCUAGGGGAAAUGCUGGGGGCGGGGAGGGAGUCACGGCCGAGCUCAGGGAUCCGGAGCCUGGGCUGGGAUUGCUGAGAUCCUGUGCUCCCAGGGCGAGCCGGUUUCUAGGGCACUCCGGGUCGUGGGAGAGUGGAUUCCAGGCUGCAGGGCUAUGGGGAAGUGACCGAGGGGUCUGGGCCCCCAGUCCCGUUCACUCAGACUGGGCUCAGCGACCUCCCAGUAUUCCCAAAGUGUAAGCUACUCUCCUCCCCUUGUCCCCGGGGGCAAGAGGUCACCUUGGAGAGCAACCGCAACCUGGGAGGGGCCUGCCGCCUCCGGCAGGGCUGGGAACCCUUUCCGGCUGUAACUGGGUCUCCGUGCUUGCAAGCCCCGGAGCCCAGAGCCUAGCCCGGCCAGGCGCCCAGAGAGACCGCCCGCACCCCUGCGCCCCUGGACCGCUCUCGCGGCAACUGGGAGCUGAUGUCACCGGCGCCUGGAGCGCCGCGGGCGGAGGCCGGUGCGGCUGCGCCGGUGCUCCGGCCCCUCCGGCUUCUUGGGCUGGCGACUCCCCGGUCCCUGCGCGCCGAUGCGCCAGCGCCGCACGCGCAAUGGACCGGGCUAGGGAAGGAUCCGACACAGAACUGCAGAGGAAGCUCGACCAUGAGAUCCGGAUGAGGGAAGGGGCCUGCAAGCUGCUGGCGGCCUGCUCCCAGCGUGAGCAGGCUCUGGAGGCCACCAAGAGCCUGCUGGUGUGCAACAGCCGCAUCCUCAGCUACAUGGGCGAGCUGCAGCGACGCAAGGAGGCGCAGGUGCUGGGGAAGACAGGCCGGCGGCCUUCCGACAGCGGGCCACCCACUGAGCGCUCCCCAAGCCGAGGCCGCGUCUGCAUCUCUGACCUGAGGAUUCCACUCAUGUGGAAGGACACAGAGUAUUUCAAGAACAAAGGUGACCUGCACCGCUGGGCUGUGUUCCUGUUGCUGCAGCUUGGGGAACAGAUUCAGGACACAGAGAUGAUCCUGGUGGACAGGACCCUCACGGACAUCUCCUUUCAGAGCAGCGUUCUCUUCACGGAGGCGAGGCCAGACUUUGAGCUGCGGCUGGAGCUGUACGGAGCCUGUGUGGAAGAGGAGGGCGCCCUGGCUGGUGCCCCCAAGAGACUAGCCACCAAACUGAGCAGCUCCCUGGGCCGCUCCUCAGGGCGGCGUGUCCGGGCAUCGCUGGACAGUGCUGGGGGCACAGGGAGCAGUCCCAUCCUGCUCCCCACCCCGGCCGUGGGAGGUCCCCGUUACCACCUCCUGGCUCACACUGUGCUCACCCUGACAGCAGUGCAAGACGGGUUCCGCACACAUGACCUUACUCUCGCCAGUCACGAGGAGAACCCCGCCUGGCUGCCCCUUUAUGGCAGCGUGUGCUGCCGCCUGGCAGCCCAGCCUCUCUGCAUGACUCAGCCCAGUGCAAGUGGUACCCUCAGGGUGCAGCAAGCUGGGGAGCUGCAGAACUGGGCCCGAGUGCACGGAGUCCUGAAAGGCACAAACAUCUUCUGUCAUCGGAGACCUGAGGACGCAGACGCUGGCGAAGAGCCGCUGUUUACUAUUGCGAUUAACAAGGAGACCCGCGUCCGGGCAGGGGAGCGGGAUCAGGCCCCAGGCCGGCCCUUCACCCUAAGCAUCAGUAACCGGUAUGGGAAUGAUGAGGUGACGCAUGUCCUUCAGACAGAGAGCCGGGAAGCCCUGCAGAGCUGGAUGGAGGCCCUGUGGCAGCUCUUCUUCGACAUGAGCCAAUGGAAGCAGUGCUGUGAUGAGAUCAUGAAAAUCGAAACUCCUGCCCCCCGGAAACCACCCCCAGCACUGGCCAAGCAGGGCUCCUUGUACCACGAAAUGGCUAUUGAGCCGCUGGAUGACAUCGCGGCGGUGACAGACAUCCUGGCCCAGCGAGAGGGCCCGAGGCUGGAGACACCCCCACCCUGGCUAGCCAUGUUUACAGACCAGCCCGCCCUGCCCAGCCCCUGCUCGGCUGCCCCAGCCUGGACCCACCCCCUGUCCUGGGGGCGACCCCGAACCUUUUCCUUGGAUGCUGUCCCCCCAGACCACUGCCCUGGGGCUUCCCGCUUGGUCGCCCCUCUCCCCCCGCAGCGACCCCCACGGUCCAAAGGCCUCUGCAGCAAAGGCCUGCCCCGCACUUGGCUCCAGUCACCAGUGUGAGAGAAAGGUGCUGGCACCAGGAUCUGGCCAGAAGAGAAAGUGACCAAAUGCAAGUGGGCUCUGGAUACAGCACUGCCCCAGCAAGUUGGCCAGUUUGGCCACUUCUUCCUCUGCUGGACCGGGGAUAGGCUGGGGAAGGGGGAGCAGAAGACUCUCGAAGCUGUGGUUGCCAUGGUACUAAGAGGCUCAUUCCUGAGGCUGGCCGGGACACCCCCACCGAACCCUUCCUGGGAGAAAACUGGAACCAACCCUACCCUACCUCCCUGCACUAACCAGCUUUGAGGAUGGCGCUCAGGAGCUGUGGGAGAGAACACGUCUCCCUGUGACUACACACCGACCAUUAAAGUUAUUUAACAGCAGCCUU